UCUCUAUGCCCUUUCGCCGGAGCUCCGAUCAUCCUACGACGUAUUUUUGGUGCUGGUUUGCGGAGCUCAGGUCAUUUGACUCAUUUUCCGGUGCAGGGGAGGGAAUUGCUGUCGAGUUUCUUUUCUCGUGCCGGGAUUUAGAACACCGAUUGCUUCUCGGCAUAGGAGCGAAGAUUCACUCUUUUCUGGUCUGCGCGUUUCGUAGUUAGACUUGGUGAUAGACUGAUCACAAAAGUUCUUCUUGCUUUUCGACUGCUGGUGAUGAUGGUUGGAUUGAUGGGAACGGAGGAUUUGAACAUGGAGUUGCAGAAACUUGUUGUCGGAAUGAACCCUUUUGGGGAGUGGAAGGACCUUCCUGGGGAGCUUAUAUUGCGGAUUAUGUCUCUUGUUGAUGAUCGUACUGUUAUCAUAGCGUCUGGUGUCUGUACCGGGUGGAGGGAUGCUAUCUGCAUAGGCCUCAGCCGUAUUUCUUUAUCAUGGUGCAAGACCAAAAUGAACAACCUUGUGCUAUCUCUUGCACCUAAGUUCACUAAUCUGCAGACACUGAUCCUGCGUCAGAACAUGCCUCAACUGACUGAUGAGGCUGUGGAGGCAGUUGCUUAUCACUGUCGUGAUCUUCAGCACCUUGACCUCAGCAAGAGCUUGAAGCUCACAGAUCGUGCACUAUAUGCUGUGGCAAGUGGUUGCCCCGAUCUCCUUAAAUUUAACAUCAGUGGAUGUUCUGCCUUAGGUGACGACAACGCACUUGCAUUUCUGGCUGGCAAGUGCAGGAAAUUGAAGCAUCUGAAUCUUUGUGGGUGUGUAAGAGCUGCAUCUGACAAGGCCUUGCAGGCAAUUGCAAAUAAUUGCAAUCAGUUGCAGUCUCUGAAUCUAGGUUGGUGUGAAGAAGUUGGUGAUGUAGGAGUGACGAGCUUGGCCAGAGGCUGUCCAGAUCUCAGGGCAUUAGAUCUGUGCGGCUGCGUUCUCAUAACCGAUGAUAGCGUGAUUGCUCUUGCGAAUGGAUGCCAUCGUCUUCGAUCUCUUGGCUUAUAUUACUGUCAAAACAUCACGGACAGGGCUAUGUAUUGUCUAGCCAAUAGCCGCUAUGGUGGGAAGCAGGGACUGUGGGAAUCGGUGAUGAAGAACAACCAUGGGGAAGGGUUGAUGAACCUCAACAUUAGCCAAUGCACUGCUCUUACUCCUCCGGCCGUUCAGGCGGUGUGUGAUUCCUUCCCAGCCCUGCACACGUGCCCGGAGCAUCAUUCCCUCAUAAUUAGUGGCUGUCUCAGCCUUACUUCUGUGCAUUGUGCUUGUGCCCUUCAGGCCUGCAAGGCUGCUGGGAGGUCUGCUGCUGUUCUUAGGCAGCAGCUCCAGCAACAUCUUUGAAUGUGGUAGUCCAGUUUGUUCACAUGUUUCGCUGGUGGUUGUGCAUUUUCAAACGUUUAUAGUAGAGUAAAAGGUAAACAUAGGACAUCUUUUGUAUAUAAGGGUAACACAUAAUAAUAUUGGUUGUAUAUACAUAUAUGUAUACGUAUUCUCUGUCACGUGGAUGCCCAUUUGUAGUUUUGUACAGUCUUGUCUUUCUCGUGAUCUCUCUCUCUCACACAUUUGUACUGUUGCCUGUUACUAUUUGGGCGAAUUCUCAAA